AUGUUCUUCCAUUGCUGCAUGUGCAAUGACUCAUCAUCAACAACAACCCUUCAAACCCUUAAGCCCAUCCUUCCAAACACAAGCUCAGGCCCAGGCCAAUCUCAUCCAUCAACAGCAACAAUCUUUGCAUUUUCUGAACAAUCUGAUGUCAAAGGUUGUCCCUUGACACUCUCAGAUGAACUCUUUGACGGUAUAAAGAAUGCUUGUGGAGGUGGUAGUGGUGGUGGUUCUGACAUGGAGCUCCCUCACACACGGUGCUGCUCUGUUCUUGCAUCAUGGUUAUACUCUGCAUAUUCUUCCACUGCAUUAACCCAUAGCCAUACCCACACAUCAUCAUCAUCAUAUGAGAUGCCAUUGUUACCAGAUGACUCAGAAACAUGUGUGAAUGACUUAGAGAAUGCACUGAAAGUGAGAGGGAUUCAGCUGAAAAGACCCAAUGAGACAUGUGAUGUUGUGUUCUGCUUCUGUGGGAUAAGGCUUCACCCUCUGAGUUGCCCAGAUGCAUUUUCAGUUAAUGAAAAUGGUGAACUUGUUGGGGAUAAAAUUGUGAGAAGGUUAGAGAAGAAUUGCAUCAGUAGAACCAACAAUGUCAAAGGCUUCCCUGGUCUUGGUGGCUGCUCCAAGUGCUUGAACACACUCUACAGGGUCAGUUUUCUAUUAAUCUUUUCCUAA